AUGGUGGAGCUGCGUGGCCGGCGAGCAGGAGGAGGCAGUAGCACCUCCGGGCGCGCUUUAAGUAGAGGCGGUGCCGCUUGCAACCUGUCCCCUGGCUUCUGCCGCAGCUUCAGCCCCGUGCCCGAGCAGGCUCUGGCGGCCGCCGCACCCCCCACCGCUACUGGUGCCAGCACGGGAGCCGGUAUGGUUGGCAAAUUCAUGAAGAGGAUGCGGGAGGAAGAGACCAGCGGCACGGGCACCGUGCUCAGAGCGUACCCUCCCAUCUUCAAAACCAAGACCAGUGCUGCCCUGCUGGAUAUGCUUGUGGAGGAGGGUCCUUCCAGUCCAAAGCAAGUGCCUGCCAUGGUCAGGUACAUCCAGCAGUGGCUCACGGCCAACAAGUUUCCUGACUACAACCUCUACAGGCCCCUUCUGGAUCUGACAGAGGCACUGCCCACUGAUGUGGCAACUGUCGUGAUGUGGAAGAUCCUCCAGAUGCCCUGUGUUGCACAUGUAGUGACCGUGCAUUUCCCCUGCCUCUUUAUGCACCUGCUCUUCCAAGUGCUCUUCAGCACCUUGGAUAUGACAGAGAUCCUGGACUGCCUGGACUUGAGUGAAUGCCGUGACAGCGUCCUGGAGGUCAUGUCCAAGAACUUGCAGAGCCAGUGCAGGGAGAUGUAUGGCUUGGCCCUCAGAGGCCUCCUCGUGCUCGGCACCAGUCUUUCGGCCAUAAGAAGGUGGAGCCUGCAUGAAAGGCUGGUGGAGCUCCUGCAGGAAAAUGACAGCGACAUGCUUAGGAUGACCAUGGUUCUCCUCAGCGGUUUGUUCCUGUGCAAUGGCGCCCCCAUAGCCAGCCCCCUCGCCCUGCAGCUGGCUGGGGCGCUCCUGCCGCUCUUUGACAAUGCCUGUGCCCAGGUGGGCGUCAAGCAGCCGAUGCCGAGGUCUCUUUUCCUUUCUUUCAUACAGGAUGACAGCCAAGUGCAGUUGUGCUCCAUGUUCAUCUUCCGAGAGAUGCUGUAUUUUUUACCGGAAGGGGACAAAAAGUCCAUGAAGUCAUACAUGCACCAGAGCCUGCUCCCACUCUUCUUCCACUGCCAUGACGAGAACCAGCGCAUGGCAGAGGCCUCCCGGGAAACACUGCAUUGUUCAGCCACAUUCCUGCACAGGAAGGAUCUCCAACACAUGCUGCGGCUGGAUCAGACCUGGAGGUUCGGCGAGGGCCUGGGAGCUCGAGGGCUUUCUCACCAGGGACGUUCCUCCAGAGCCCCUCAGGUGCUGGUGGACGACGGUGACAGCAUGGGCAAUUCCAUCAUCUGCACCGACAAUCCUGGGAACAUCCUCUCAACUCUGACAUCCACUGAUGAACAGCAUCCCUUUGACUUGGCUCGGGAAGCUACAGAGAAUUGUGAGCGCAUGUGGCAACAGUUUGAUCAAGUAGAGGAGAGAACCCAGAGGAUCAGAAGCCAAUACCAGAUCAUAGACUCUCUGCUAGAAGAAAUCUGUAGUGACUGUGCAAAAAUUGAGAAGUCCAAGGAAAUGCUGCUGCAAUGCACUGGAAUCCCGGAGACAGGAGCCUUUUGUCUGCAGCAGCAGAACACCAAGCAGCAGAAGGAAGCGUCAGCCCAGGCAGAAGAGGCAGAGCAGCAGGACUGGAUGGAGGUUUCCGAGGAAGAAGAGUCAUCGAGCUGGUCUCUGGAGCUGCUGAGCCAGGAAUCCUCUGGCCAAGGACAUGAAGUGGCCCAGGCGUGGCGAGAGGAGGAGCUGCUGGCCCAGAAGGCUGACCUUGAGGGCCGACUGGCAGCCAGCGAGGGGCUCCGACAAGACCUUGCCAGGCAGCUGGAGGAGACCAGGUCAGCAAAGGAGAGCCUGCAAUCCAGGCUGUUUGCUGCUCAGCAGCAGAUGGCUCAGCUGCAGAUCACCUGGAAGCGUGUGGAGGCAGAGCUGCAAGGGGAGCUGCAGGAAGCUCGCAGAGAAGCCCAGGCAGCUCAGAGGAGGCACGAGGAAGAGCUACAAGGCCUCAAAGAGGAAAUGCAUCUCCUCCUUGAGCAGAGGGAGGCUCUAGAAAAGCAGCUGAAAGUAGGAUGGGUGCUGGUAAAUCUUCGGGAACUUGCCAGAGAUUCCCUGGCUCUAGGGUGCUGCUCCUGCUACCUGGAUGUGCUGAUUCUGUCUCUUGAAGAAAAGAAGGUGUGCCUCAGGACACUGGAAGAGCAGAACCUGGCACUGCACAAUCAGGUGUCUCAGUGUCAAUCUGCUCUUCAGGAGACAGAGCAGCUCUAUUCUGAGCAUAGAAGAGAACUGCUGGGGCUCAACACACAGGCCUGGGCCCUGCUGGAGGCAGUGAAGGAGAAGGCAGCUUUCUUGGAAACUCGACAGAAGCAAUUGGAAACUGAGGAGUCUGAGCUGCUUGUGAGGCUCCAGAGCUCUGAGGAAAUCUCAGUGGACAUUGCCACACAGUGUAAGGCCAUGGAGCUGGAGCUGAGGAAGAGACAGGCUCAGAGAGACAAUCUCAGGGCUCGCAAUAAGGAGCUGCUGAAACAGCUGGAGCAAAGUGAGCAAGCAAUGUUGAGGGCAGAACACCAGAAAAUCUCUCAUGAAAAUUCCCAGAAGCAAGACGCCAUUGCCCUGAAGGAAGAUGUUUUGACUCUUUGUCCCUCUUUGCAAAGGAAUUUAGAGGACCUGGAGAAGGAAAGGAAGGAUGUGCUGGUUUCCGAGGAAGAAGAGUCAUCGAGCUGGUCUCUGGAGCUGCUGAGCCAGGAAUCCUCUGGCCAAGGGCAUGAAGUGGCCCAGGCGUGGCGAGAGGAGGAGCUGCUGGCCCAGAAGGCUGACCUUGAGGGCCGACUGGCAGCCACCGAGUGGCUCCGACAAGACCUUGCCAGGCAGCUGGAGGAGACCAGGUCAGCAAAGGAGAGCCUGCAAUCCAGGCUGUUUGCUGCUCAGCAGCAGAUGGCUCAGCUGGAGAUGACCUGGAAGCGUGUGGAGGCAGAGCUGCAAGGGGAGCUGCAGGGAGCUUGCAGAGAAGCCCAGGCAGCGCAGAGGAGGCAUGAGGAAGAGCUACAAGGCCUCAAAGAGGAAAUGCAUCUCCUCCUUGAGCAGAGGGAGGCUCUAGAAAAGCAGCUGAAAGUAGGAUGGGUGCUGGUAAAUCUUCGGGAACUUGCCAGAGAUUCCCUGGCUCUAGGGUGCUGCUCCUGCUACCUGGAUGUGCUGAUUCUGUCUCUUGAAGAAAAGAAGGUGUGCCUCAGGACACUGGAAGAGCAGAACCUGGCACUGCACAAUCAGGUGUCUCAGUGUCAAUCUGCUCUUCAGGAGACAGAGCAGCUCUAUUCUGAGCAUAGAAGAGAACUGCUGGGGCUCAACACACAGGCCUGGGCCCUGCUGGAGGCAGUGAAGGAGAAGGCAGCUUUCUUGGAAACUCGACAGAAGCAAUUGGAAACUGAGGAGUCUGAGCUGCUUGUGAGGCUCCAGAGCUCUGAGGAAAUCUCAGUGGACAUUGCCACACAGUGUAAGGCCAUGGAGCUGGAGCUGAGGAAGAGACAGGCUCAGAGAGACAAUCUCAGGGCUCGCAAUAAGGAGCUGCUGAAACAGCUGGAGCAAAGUGAGCAAGCAAUGUUGAGGGCAGAACACCAGAAAAUCUCUCAUGAAAAUUCCCAGAAGCAAGACGCCAUUGCCCUGAAGGAAGAUGUUUUGACUCUUUGUCCCUCUUUGCAAAGGAAUUUAGAGGACCUGGAGAAGGAAAGGAAGGAUGUGCUGGUUUCCGAGGAAGAAGAGUCAUCGAGCUGGUCUCUGGAGCUGCUGAGCCAGGAAUCCUCUGGCCAAGGGCAUGAAGUGGCCCAGGCGUGGCGAGAGGAGGAGCUGCUGGCCCAGAAGGCUGACCUUGAGAGCCGACUGGCAGCCACCGAGUGGCUCCGACAAGACCUUGCCAGGCAGCUGGAGGAGACCAGGUCAGCAAAGGAGAGCCUGCAAUCCAGGCUGUUUGCUGCUCAGCAGCAGAUGGCUCAGCUGGAGAUGACCUGGAAGCGUGUGGAGGCAGAGCUGCAAGGGGAGCUGCAGGGAGCUCGCAGAGAAGCCCAGGCAGCUCAGAGGAGGCAUGAGGAAGAGCUACAAGGCCUCAAAGAGGAAAUGCAUCUCCUCCUUGAGCAGAGGGAGGCUCUAGAAAAGCAGCUGAAAGUAGGAUGGGUGCUGGUAAAUCUUCGGGAACUUGCCAGAGAUUCCCUGGCUCUAGGGUGCUGCUCCUGCUACCUGGAUGUGCUGAUUCUGUCUCUUGAAGAAAAGAAGGUGUGCCUCAGGACACUGGAAGAGCAGAACCUGGCACUGCACAAUCAGGUGUCUCAGUGUCAAUCUGCUCUUCAGGAGACAGAGCAGCUCUAUUCUGAGCAUAGAAGAGAACUGCUGGGGCUCAACACACAGGCCUGGGCCCUGCUGGAGGCAGUGAAGGAGAAGGCAGCUUUCUUGGAAACUCGACAGAAGCAAUUGGAAACUGAGGAGUCUGAGCUGCUUGUGAGGCUCCAGAGCUCUGAGGAAAUCUCAGUGGACAUUGCCACACAGUGUAAGGCCAUGGAGCUGGAGCUGAGGAAGAGACAGGCUCAGAGAGACAAUCUCAGGGCUCGCAAUAAGGAGCUGCUGAAACAGCUGGAGCAAAGUGAGCAAGCAAUGUUGAGGGCAGAACACCAGAAAAUCUCUCAUGAAAAUUCCCAGAAGCAAGACGCCAUUGCCCUGAAGGAAGAUGUUUUGACUCUUUGUCCCUCUUUGCAAAGGAAUUUAGAGGACCUGGAGAAGGAAAGGAAGGAUGUGCUGGUUUCCGAGGAAGAAGAGUCAUCGAGCUGGUCUCUGGAGCUGCUGAGCCAGGAAUCCUCUGGCCAAGGGCAUGAAGUGGCCCAGGCGUGGCGAGAGGAGGAGCUGCUGGCCCAGAAGGCUGACCUUGAGGGCCGACUGGCAGCCACCGAGUGGCUCCGACAAGACCUUGCCAGGCAGCUGGAGGAGACCAGGUCAGCAAAGGAGAGCCUGCAAUCCAGGCUGUUUGCUGCUCAGCAGCAGAUGGCUCAGCUGGAGAUGACCUGGAAGCGUGUGGAGGCAGAGCUGCAAGGGGAGCUGCAGGGAGCUCGCAGAGAAGCCCAGGCAGCGCAGAGGAGGCACAAGGAAGAGCUACAAGGCCUCAAAGAGGAAAGGAAUCUCCUCCUUGAGCAGAGGGAGGCUCUAGAAAAGCAGCUGAAAGUAGGAUGGGUGCUGGUAAAUCUUCGGGAACUUGCCAGAGAUUCCCUGGCUCUAGGGUGCUGCUCCUGCUACCUGGAUGUGCUGAUUCUGUCUCUUGAAGAAAAGAAGGUGUGCCUCAGGACACUGGAAGAGCAGAACUUGGCACUGAACAAUCAGGUGUCUCAGUGUCAAUCUGCUCUUCAGGAGACAGAGCAGCUCUAUUCUGAGCAUAGAAGAGAACUGCUGGGGCUCAACACACAGGCCUGGGCCCUGCUGGAGGCAGUGAAGGAGAAGGCAGCUUUCUUGGAAACUCGACAGAAGCAAUUGGAAACUGAGGAGUCUGAGCUGCGUGUGAGGCUCCAGAGCUCUGAGGAAAUCUCAGUGGACAUUGCCACACAGUGUAAGGCCGUGGAGCUGGAGCUGAGGAAGAGACAGGCUCAGAGAGACAAUCUCAGGGCUCGCAAUAAGGAGCUGCUGAAACAGCUGGAGCAAAGUGAGCAAGCAAUGUUGAGGGCAGAACACCAGAAAAUCUCUCUAGAAAAUUCCCAGAAGAAAGAUGCCAUUGCUGUGAAGGAAGAGGAUGUGGUUCUUCGUCAUUCUCUGGAGAAUGAAUUGCAGAGCCUGCAGGAGGAAAGGAAGGAUGUGCUGCAUGAAAGGGAAUUGUACCAGCAGCAGAUGAGAUAUCUGGAAAAGAAGAAUCAAAUGCAUGCACCUGAGAUGAGCAAUCAUAAGGGAAAUAAUCAAGAAUUACAAGUGGAGAGGGAAGAGUUUCAAGAAGAUUUGGAGCAUGAGGCUGCUGCUUUGAAGAAAUCGAGGGACAAGACUCAAGUACUGAGUGCUGCACUGAACAAGAGUGAACUGGCCAAAGGGGUUCUGAAGCAACACUUGGAUAUCCUGCAGGAAAAGAUCCCGGCAGACACUGGCAUUGUCCUUCAGUCCACUCCAGUGUCCCUGAAUUAUUCAAGUGAUUUUUCCCAUGAAGAGGUUUCCAAGGAAGAAGAGUCAUCGAGCUGGUGUCUGGAGCAGCUCAGCCAGGAAUCCUCUGGCCAAGGACAUGAAGUGGCCCAGGCGUGGCGAGAGGAGGAGCUGCUGGCCCAGAAGGCUGACCUUGAGGGCCGACUGGCAGCCACCGAGUGGCUCCGACAAGACCUUGCCAGGCAGCUGGAGGAGACCAGGUCAGCAAAGGAGAGCCUGCAAUCCAGGCUGUUUGCUGCUCAGCAGCAGAUAUCACAGCUGGAGAUCACCAGGAACCAUCUGGAAGCUCGAGUGCUCACAGUCACACAGGACAAAGUGGUGAUAGAAGGAGAAGUGAAGUGCCUGCAAGGUGAGCUGGAAGCAGCGAGAGCUCUCAGGAGGCAGGAACAGGAAGACACAGCUCAACAGCUCUUGCAGGCAGAGCAGCAGCCUCAGGAAAGCCUCAGGCUUCAGGGAACUGCUCAGCAACUGGAAAUAAAGAAGCUCCUGCAAGACCUGGCAAGUGAGCGUGAAAGGCACCGUGCAGAGAUGGAGGAGACGCUGGAGCAAUGGGAAAAAGAGAAGGCAGAGAGAGAGCAGGAGCACAAGAAGGUGCUGUUUGAGAUGAGGCAGAAAGUUGCCACCCUGCUGGCCCAACAAGAAGAGCUAAAGAGAUUUGAGAAUGCCAAGCAAGAGAUGUUCAUGGCCAAGGUCCUGCUGGAAGAGCAGAAGGAGAAGAAUGCUUUAUCAGAGGCACUGCUCCAAACUCAGGGAGAGCUCAGCCGAGCCCGCCAGCAGGUGCAGCAGCUCAGGCAGGAGACCAUCAAGGCAAAUCUGCAAGAUGAGCUGCAGGGAGCUCGCAGAGAAGCCCAGGCAGCUCAGAGGAGGCACGAGGAAGAGCUACAAGGCCUCAAAGAGGAAAGGAAUCUCCUCCUUGAGCAGAGGGAGGCUCUAGAAAAGCAGCUGAAAGUAGGAUGGGUGCUGGUAAAUCUUCGGGAACUUGCCAGAGAUUCCCUGGCUCUAGGGUGCUGCUCCUCCUACCUGGAUGUGCUGAUUCUGUCUCUUGAAGAAAAGAAUGUGUGCCUCAGAACGCUGGAAGAGCAGAACUCGGCACUGAACAAUCAGGUGUCUCAGUGUCAAUCUGCUCUCCAGCAGGCCGAACAGCUCUCCUCAAACCGCGCUGGACAACUGCGGGAGCUCAACACACAGAUCCGGGCCCUGCAGGACGCAGUGCUGCAGAUGGAGGCUUCCCAGGCAACUCAACAGAAGCAGCUGCUGAAGGAGCUGGAGGAGUCUCGAGCAGGAGAACGCUCUUUGAGGGACUCUGUGCACGUGCUGCAGGCUGAGGUGUCUGAGCUGCGUGUGAGGCUCCAGAGCUCUGAUGACAAAGCUCUUGCCUUGGCCAUACAGUGUGAGGCUGUGGAGCUGGAGCUGAGGAAGACACAAGCUCAGAGAGACAACCUCAAAGCCCACAAUCUGGAGCUGCAGAAGGAGUUGGAUGAAAGUGAGCAAGAUUGGUGGAAGGAGGAAGUCAAGCACAUUUCUCGAGAAUCUGCUCUGGAAAAAGAGGCCACUGAAAGGCAGGAAGAGGCUGUGGCUCUUCGUCAGGAGGUGGCAUCUCUGAAGAAGAAAUUAGAAAUCCUGGAGAAGCAAAGGAAGGAUGUGCUGCAUGAAAGGGAAUUGUACCAGCAGCAGAUGAGAUAUAUGGAAAAGAAGAAUCAAAUGCGUGCACUCAACAUGCAAAGUCAGCAGGAGAGAAUGCAACACUUAGACAGUGAAAAGCAAGCCAUGCAGGAAGAGUUGAAGCAUGGGACUGCUGCUUUGAAGGAAGGAAGAGGGAGCACUCUGAGUGCUGCACUGAACAAGUGUAAAAUUGCCAGAGGGUCUCUGAAGAAACACUUGGGCUCCCUGAAGGGAAAGACUUGUAUCCAGGCAGGCCGAGACGUUGACCUUCAGUCCACUCCAGUGUCCCUGAAGUAUUCAAGUGAUGUUUCCCCUGAAGAGGUGGACCCUGAAAGGAGAAGAAUCAGAACUUUUAGGAGAGUGUUCCCCCCAGACUACUUUAUCUUGCCUGUCCCUGAGUCUGAAAUAGAAGAGUCCUCCAGUAUCUCAGAGGAGCAGCAGCCCUCAUACUGA